AUGAAGAAUACAAUCGUUGAUCAAAGGGUUGUCAAUGAACCUCUUGCACUUCAAUCAAUUAGUGCCAAUUCUGCUUCAACUCAAUCAAUUGUAGCUAUUACCAAACUGCACACUCCUGCCAUCAAAGAAGCUCAAACACUUGUGGAUUCAUCCACUCUUAUAGCUGUUGGUCAAGCAACAAAGUUUUUAGCUUCUAGCCCAUUUUCCUCAAAAAAUAAAGUGCAAAUUAGAGAUGACUACUUACACAGCAGCAAGAAGCUUGGGGAGGAGGGACGGGUUGGCCAGGGUGAACCAAUUUAUGGCCUUUUUAAAGCACCACAAGUUGGUGCUCCAAGUGUUAGGGUUUAA